AUGAUUAGGUACGUACCCAGCGGUCAUAAAGCGACAGUCACAUCGCAGAGCGUUCGCUGUAAGUCAGCGAGGCCCGUGCGAUCCGGCGCAUUUUUAACUCUAAACGAACAACAUCAAGAAGGAAGCAGCAGCAGCGCGAAGCAGACAGCCAACAAGACAGCAGGCAGCGGACAGCAAUAUCAUCAUCCCCCACGCAGGCCCCGUCGACCCCCUUGCUCUCAUUUCCCCCUCAUUCCCCCGCCUCAUGCCUCAUGCCUCGCAACGCGGUCCCCCGUCACCAUGACUCGCACUGGAGCACAGCGGGCUGCCGAGCACCAAUGCGAUCAGAUACAUCCUACCCUGGCUGAUGACACUCGCUCCCUACACCCGCGAGUUGCUGCUGUAAACCUCAGUACCGAGGGCACCCCCCGCAACUCCGUGGCAGGCCACGGCGCACUCGACGGCCCAAUCGACCCCAUUGGGUUUUGGGUGGAAGAAGGACGUUGGCCGGAAGAAGGCUGGUGGCCAGAAGAGCCCUCGAACAUGGAGCACUUGCUUGCACGAAAGAAGUCUUCCUCUUCCUCAUUUGGACGUAAGCGGUCAAACCCUGCCACGUACACGACGCCUAGCGACGAGAAACCCAGAGAGCAGAAGAGUGCGCCGUAUAGGGAUGUGCGGUACGAGCUCUUACUCCAGACCAAGGGCACAUAUAUGGACACGUGCGAUCUGGGCAUCACGGACGCAAGCAAACAUCUUGUGUGGGAACUCCUUCACACUAAACAGCCAGUUCCGAAGGAGACGCUCUUUGACGAAGCGACAUUCGUUGAUGCUUGCCGCCACUUGCAGGGCAGGAAUGAAGCUAAAGUUAUUCAAGACAUUUCCCGGCUCAUUGUUCCUUCAGCGGAAGCACUCGCAAUCCAGGCCAGGGAACUUAGACUUCUCAUUGAGAGCGUGAACGAGGGCUGGAACAAUUCGAUCCCUCUCACAGGGACCCGUCCCCAGCCAGACUACUCUGUGGGGUUUAGACGAGAAGCAUUCACUGAGGAUCAGCGCUCUAAGCUGUCACCAUUCAUUGGUGACUUCAUCGCAGGGGACCAGUCCUUCUUCAUGGCCACUUACUACAUGUACUUCCCGUUUCUGACGUGUGAGGUGAAGUGCGGUGCUGCGGCCCUCGAUGUCGCCGACCGCCAGAAUGCCCACAGCAUGACCCUUGCGGUACGGGCUCUCGUCGAGCUGUUCCGUCUAGUGGGCCGCGAGCAGGAGCUUGAUCGUCAGAUCCUCGCCUUCUCUGUCUCACACGACCACCAGAUGGUAUACAUUUACGGCCACUACCCGGUAAUAGAUGGGAAGGAUACAAAGUACUACCGUCACCCCAUUCACCAGUUUUCAUUCAUUGCAUUAGACGGCAAGGAGAAAUGGACAACAUAUCAGUUCACGAAGAAUAUAUACCAUCACUGGAUGCCAGCUCACCUCAAAAACAUCUGCUCCGCCAUUGACCAGUUGCCAUCUGAUCUAGACUUUGGCAUUCGAUCGUCUGAGCAACCCGGAUCCCUCCAGAACCUAGAAAGCCACCCUUUUUCGCAGUCGGAUGGGACGUCCGAUCCCAUCAUAAUAGAUAGACAGCCAAGCAGUACCGAUCAGCAGGGGUUUACGCCAGCCACUUCAUUGAUGGGAGGAGGGCCAGCUAAGAGGAGGAAAAGCCCAGUUAAGAGAACAUAG